AGAAAUGGCGGCGGCCGCCGGGUUCCCUCCGCGCCGCCCAGGGGCGGAGCACGCCCCUUUUCGCGCCAAGCCGGGACAGCGGCUCCCGCCCGCCACCUCCGCGCCGCCCGGCCAUGGCCGCCCCCGCCGUGCCCGGCUACUCGCCCGGCUUCAAGAAGCCGCCGGCCAUGCUGCGGCUGAAGCGCAAACGGCCGCGGAGGAGCGAGCCCGCCGCCGCCGCUCCCCCGCCCUGCGGCGCGGCCCCGCGGGCCCCCUCCGCGCCCGCCCGCCGCAACCCCUUCUCCAGCCUGGACAACGCGCCGCGGGCGGCCGGCACCCCCCAGCCGCCGGAGCGGGCCCGGCGGCCGCCGGCGGGCGGGAACCCCUCGGCAGCGUCCUUCUGGCAGCUUUUGGAGGCUGUUUGUGAAGAUAAGCCCGCCAGGAGAGCAGAGCCCUCUGAAAGAAGCAACAUCCUCACCCCGACCGAUGACCUUCAUUUGCCUGUUGCUGUACCCGAAGUUCCCUCCUCACCAAGACAUGAGUUUCCUGCAGACUGGAGUAUUAAAACACGACUUUUAUUUACUUCUUCCCAACCUUUUACCUGGGCAGAACAUUUAAAGGCACAAGAGGAAGCUCAAGGAUUUGCUCAGCAUUGUAGAGCUACAGAAACAAACUUGCCACAGAGCGUACAGGAACCAAAACUGUCGACAGAACUGCGUUGUGCCUUUCAGCAAAGCCUUGUUUACUGGCUUCACCCUUCACUGCCAUGGCUGCAGCUGUUCCCUCGGAUUGGAGCAGAUAGAAAAAUAGCUGGAAAGGCUAGUCCUUGGUCACAGGAUGAAGCCUUGCAACAAGUGCUAAUGAGUGACUGGUCUGUCAGCUUUACUUCUCUGUACAAUCUGCUCAAAGCCAAGCUGUGUCCCUACUUCUAUGUAUGUACCUACCAGUUUACUGUCCUGUUCCGUGCAGCUGGUCUUGUGGGAAGUGACGUUAUCACAGCUGUAAUUUCUCCCACAACUAGAGGUUUAAGGGAAGCCAUGAGAAAUGAAGGCAUAGAGUUUUCUUUACCUUUGGUAGAAGAAUGUAGAACCAGGAAACAGAAAAACUCUGAAGUGAAUUUGGAAACAGAAGUUGCUAACAGCCUCAAAGUGGGCAACAGCAUGGAAGACGGAGAGGAACCAGCUCUAAGCGAUGAUGAUGAUGAAGGUUUCUCUUGGCUUGAGGAGAUGGGAGUCCAAGACAAGGUUAAGAAACCAGAUGCUAUUUCUAUUAAACUUCGUAAGGAGAAGCAUGAGGUGCAGAUGGAUCACAAACCCGAAUCCCUUGCAUUAGUGAAAGGAACAAACACAUUCACCUUGCUGAACUUCUUGAUAAACUGUAAGAGCCUAGUGGCUGCUGCAGGUCCACAAACAGGGCUUCCACCAACUUUGUUGUCCCCUGUUGCUUUCCGAGGUGGAACAAUGCAAACACUCAAAGCUCGAAGUAUAAAUGCCAAAGCCAGGGUUCACUUGGCGUAUGAGGAUAUGUUCAGUUUGGAGAUCGUAGGCCCCGUCAUGCCUCACUCCCUCCAUUCAUUGACCAUGCUGCUCAAGUCCGCACAGAGGGGAGCGUUCUCUGCUGUAUUGUAUACACACGAGCCAACUGCUGUGUUUAACACUGGUCUUGACAACGCAAGCCCUGCCUUAAAUAAGGAAACCAUACGCAAAGAUCUUCCUACAUGUGGACUGCAUCCUAAGACUUUGGAUCAACUGAGUCAGUGUCCAACACUGGGAAAAUCUUCCAUCCGAUUUCUGGAAAUGAAGGAUUAUGCUUAUACCUGGAAGUCCUAGGUAUGCUAGUUCCAUUUAGUGGAAGAGAAUGCUCUCCGGUGUGCAGUUGCUGUACUUCAUUUGGGUUCUACAUGGGCAGCACCUAUGCAGUACCGGGAGGGAUACAAUCUAGUUGCACAUCACAGACUACAACUAUUGCACAUCACCCAUCAUAAAACACUUCAAAGGACUUUUAAAGGAAAUGAAGGAGAAGGCCUUGGAAAUCUCCUUUUGUAUUUUAGGAAGCCUUUUUAAAAUAAAACUUGACAAAACAUGA